CGGUUCGUGCAGCCACUUGCUAUUAUUUGAUUGCUUAAUUGAUUGGCCGGGAGCGCUUCCUCGUCCGCUCCUCCAUUCCUUCAGAUCACCAUGGACCUGCCCAACGGGCGAGACGACGCCCCGAUCCCGAAUGGAGGCGUCGGCGCGGAGGAGACGGUGGGGAGGAGGAAGAAGGUGGAGCUGGUGCGGGAGGCCAUCCAUGGCCUCCUGGAGGAGAAGAGGAUGGACGGCCAAGGGGAGAAGGAGAUGCCGGCCAGGCAGCGGCAGGAGGACGAACACCUCCUGUCCUCGUUGCUCACCAAGCCAGAUGCACUGGAGAGAGAUCCAGAUUCGGACACGUUGGAAACACACUCCCUGCACCCGAGUCAUCAGCCUGGGAGAAGCGAAACCAGCAAAGAGGUGGAGCUAGCCGACAUCGCCAAGGACCUGAACAAGAUCAAGAGGCAGAACACUGUCACCCACAUCCUGCUCGGCGCCGUCAUCGUCCUGACGGCGGUGUGGCAGGUUAACGAGGUGUCGUUCCUCCUCUGGGUGCAGAGGAAACUGAGCAACCCGUUCAAGUCCCUCGGGGACAUGAUCAAGGGAUCCCUCAAGCUGAAGGGGAGGAAGCCCGUGAUCGAGUCGUCGCCGCUGCCGCCGGUCGGCGUCCCCGAUGUCAGCCGGCCUGAUCUGCCGUCGUUCGUCAUCGGCAGCACUGAAGGCAGGUAGUAAGACUAGCUGCGUGGUGAUGCUAGGAAAAACAGGGUUCGUUUGUGAUUGAGGUCCAUUUUUUUUUGGGUUCAGUUUGUCUGUUCAUCAAAGUUGAAAUUUAGAAGUUAUGCCACUAGUUCCAUAGUGUUUCUGAAAUAGCGCACCCGGAUUGAUUCUCGAAGAGAAACUAGAUCACUUCUUGCGAGCAUAAUGGCUCAGAGCUUCAAAACUGGCUCCUAUGUUUCUGAAUUGGUUCUUGUUAACUUGCAAGAUUCAGAAAAUUUGUUCACCCUCUCCCAAGUCGGU